AUGGGCAGAAAGAGAAAGGCCGGGGGCCGCUCCUCCGGAGUGUCUUCUACGGAAGAGCAAGCCUCAAUGAACUCCAAGUUUGCUCUCGAAGAACGAUUUGAUGAUUCUGAAGACGAGUUCCAAGCGGGCCGCGAUCAGAUUCUGCUUGAUGAAGCCCCAGAGGCAAAAAGAAGACGACGAUUGGCAGAGCAAGAUGAGUAUUUCCAGCCCUCUGACGAGGAAGUUAUGGGUUACGAGUCAGUGGAUGAGGACGACGUCGAAGAUGAAGAUGACUACGAUGAAGACGAUAUGGAACUGGACUCGAAGAGCAAAAAGAAAAUGCGCCGCGGCUCGGCCAGCGGCUCCGAAGACGGUGACGAGGAUGGUAUUGCCGCCUGGGGUUCCUCGAAAAAGGACCUCUACAAUGCAGACCAGAUCGAGACAGAGAUCGAUGCCAUGGAGGAGGAGGAAGAAGCCAAGAGACUUCAGCAAAAGCACUUGCAGGCAAUGAACGAAGAAGAUUUCGGCUUUGACGAAAGUGAAUGGGCAGAUGCUGGGAAAGGACAAGACGAGGAAGAUGAAGCCGAAGCCGUGACUGAAGUGCUCCCACAAAUGGAAAUCACGGACGACAUGAGCACUGAUGAACAGCUCAAGAUCCUAAAGUCAAGAUAUCCCGAAUUCGAACCAUUAGCAAAGGAUUUUGUUGAUUUCCAAGCGACUUAUCGGGAUCUCGAACAGGCAGCCAAGGCCGCCGGAAGUGUCACUGAUCCAUCAGAACCAGCGCCAACAGCCGUCAUUAAGCUACGCGCACUGGCGGCCUAUCUCGGUACAAUUAGCAUGUAUUUCAUGCUUCUCGCCUCUCCUUCCCAAGGUGCUAGCGAGAAACCGAUGCCUCUAGCCCCUGCUCAAUUACGAGAUCACCCAGUUAUGGGGUCUUUGGUCAAAUUCAAAAAGCUUUGGGAGACAGUCAAGGACCUCAGCAACGUCGAGGCUUCUGACGAUGAGGAGGAAGAUGAAGAGUUGGAUAUAUCUCUCCCAUCCAAAGCAGACAAACCUGCCAAGAAGACGGAAGCCAAUAAGUCCAAGCCCUCGCAGCCGAAGAAGAAGUUGACCAAGGCACAGCGGGCUGCCGCGGCGGCACAAGCGGCAGCAGAGGCGCAGAAAGCCGAAAGGAUGCGUGAGACCGAGGCGGGUCUUGCUGAUCUGUCAACUCUCGCAACAGAUACGGCCAGGAAACGAAAGGCGCUCAAGAAGUCGAAGAUCACAAACGCAGAUGGUGACAACUCCGACUUUGGGGACGAGGACGCUCUCACCUCCAAAGAGGCCGAAGAAAAGGCCAAGCAGAAGCGCUCCCUACGCUUCUACACCUCCCAGAUUGCACAAAAGGCCAACAAACGUACUGCUGCCGGCCGCGAUGCCGGUGGUGAUGCUGACCUGCCUUACCGGGAGCGCUUGAAGGAUCGCCAAGCCCGUCUGAAUGCCGAGGCCGAGAAGCGUGGUAAAAAGCAGCCCAGCAAGAUGGAGGAGCUUGGCGGAGACAGCGAUGACGACGAUCACCGCGUUGCCGGCCAGGUCCGGGGCGAUGGUGCCGGCACUGAUGAAGAUGAGUACUAUGACAUGGUGGCAGCACGCUCGAAGCAGCGCAAGGCCGAGAAGAAAGCGCGCGCAGAUGCUCACGCCGCGGCCGCCCGGGAAGGCGGACGAGUCGAGGUGCAGGAGGAGGUCGGACCGGACGGCAAGCGAGCCAUUUCGUACCAGAUCGAGAAGAACAAGGGUCUCACGCCCAAGCGUAAUAAGGACUCUCGCAACCCGCGUGUCAAGAAGAGGAAGCGAUACGAGGAGAAGAAGAAGAAGUUGGCCAGUAUCCGCCAGGUCUACAAGGGUGGAGAAGGCCGAGGAGGUUAUGGUGGCGAACUUACUGGUAUCAAGACCAACCUGGUCAAGAGUGUCAAGCUUGGAUAA